AUGGACGCCAUAGAAGACAUCCGCUACCGCCAAUCCACCCAAUUCCGCAUCUGGUCCUACUCACGCUCCAAGCUCGCCGAGCUUCGCGCCAAAACAAACGCCCUCGCCACCACCCACAUCACGAACCGCCUCGCCGCCGCCCAAGAUGGCCAGCCCUUACCCGAAUUCCUAACGCCGCAGGAGGAGGAGAAGCUCCUCAAGUUUUUUACUGUGGAGUUAUUGCGCGCCGCGGCCUUUUGCGAACUGCCGACCGAGAUUAGGGCGACGGCGGCGGUUCACCUGAGGCGGUUUUACGUGACGAAUUCGGUUAUGACGUAUUCGCCGACGGAGCUGUUGAAGACUUGUUUGUUCGCUGAGAAGUUCCCAAACACGACAGCUGAAGAGGUUGUCGCGGGCGAGUUUCUUCUUUGCCAGGGUAUACGGUUUUGUUUCGACGUGCGCCAUCCUUUCCGGGCCCUCGAGGGCGUUAUCCUAGAGCUGCGACGUCUCUAUCCCGAUGAGAGGUCGCGAAUCGACAGAGUGCACGCCCAGGCCAGACACAUCCUCAAGUUCAGCCCCCUCAUUACCGACGCCUACUUCCACUACACGCCGAGCCAAAUCAUGUUCGCCGCACUACUCAUGGCCGAUCCCGAGCUAGCAGAGCGAUUCAUUCAGCGAUCUUUCGACUUCACUGCCUCCCAAGCUUCCGCCAACGGAAAGACCGAGUCGCCCGUGAAGCCCGAUACAGAGGCGCUUGAAGCUCUACAAAGAAAGAUCGUCCAGACUAUCAAGUCGUGUAGAGAGCUUCUGGAGACGGAGCCGCCUGAGAGGAUGGAUAACUACUGGGGAACGGCCGAGUGCAACAAGGAGAUCCGCCCGUUACUACGAAAGCUCAAGAAGUGCCGCGAUCCCGAUAGGGCGGACCUCGUGGCUCUUCAGAGAGCUAGGCGGGAACAGGCGGUGAGGAAGGACCACGCUAUCAAGCCGCAGGACGACGGUUCGGUCUUUGGCGGUGGGCUUUCUGACGGUGCGCAAGCGAGGGAGGCGAAGCGUAGGAAGGUGGGCGGAGCUUUGGAAGAUCCGUUUGGACCUGCUCUCUGA